AUGGAGGAUGGGGGAGUCUCUCUGGGACCCUCUCCAACUCACCAGCUGAAUCAAGGGGCUCCUGGGUCACAGGUUGCUCCAGUGGGUCCCGGGGAGGUGGUGGAGACUGCGGAUGGGGUGUGCAAGUUUCCAGGGCAGCACCUGACCUGGUGGCAGGCUCAAGAGGCUUGUGAGCAGAGGUUUGGCCACCUGGCACUCGCGCCCCCUGCUGGGGCCCUGGCUCUACGGCUGCCCAACCCCAUCUGGGUGGGCCAAAAAGAGGGCUCUCUUCGGAGAGCCCCGAAAAGGGGCGCGCUCACGUCGGCCGCGCUGGUGUUCGGGGAGCGGACCGCGGACAGGGCUGCACGGCUGCGGCGGCCCCUGCCCGCGCUGGGGGCGCUGACUGCGUGCGCGCACGUGCAGGGGGACGCCGCCACGCCCGACCCCGCGGCGCUCUUCUCCCUCGCCGCGCCCGCGCUGCCUAACGCGCUGCAGCUGCGAGCCUUCGCCGAGCCCCGCGGCUUGGUGCACGCGGCGCUGGUGGUGCGCGGCCACCACGCACCCUUCCUCGCCGCCUUCCGCGCCGACGGCCGCUGGCACCACGUGUGCGCCACGUGGGAGCAGCGCGGCGGGCGCUGGGCGCUGUUCGCCGACGGGCGGCGGCGCGCCGGGGCGCGGGGACUGGGCGCAGGCCACCCGGUGCCAGCGGGCGGCAUCCUCGUGCUGGGCCAGGAUCAGGACUCCCUGGGCGGCGGCUUCUCAGCGCGCGAUGCCUUCAGCGGCAACCUCACCGACUUCCACCUGUGGGCUCGGGCGCUGAGUCCCGCGGACCUGCGGCGGGCGCGAGCCUGCGCGCCGCCAGCCGUCGGCCUGCUCUUCCGCUGGGACUUGGGCGCCCUGGACGUCACGCCCUCGCUGCUGCCGCCCCUGCGGGUGCGCCUUCUCUGUCCAGUGCCUUCAGAGGAGUGCCCUACGUGGAACCCAGGAUCCCAUACUGAGGGCUCUUCGCUCUGCCUUCAACCACGGCCCUUCCUCUGCUGCUACCGGACAGAGACUUACCAGCGGCUGCAGGAUGCCCCGUCAUGGCCUGGCCAGGAUGUUAUCAGCCGAGUCAAUGCCUUGGCCAACACCACUGUGCUCCUCCCGGACCCUCUCUCUGAAGCCCAUGGACACCUGUCGCCAGCUGAGGCCUGCAGCUUCCUGGGUGUCCUGGAGAGAGUCCUGGCAAAGGAGGCGGCUCCCCUGGGGCCCGCGGCACUGCUGGCCGUCAUCCACUUCCUGAAGAGGGUGACAGCCCUCGGGGCUGGGGAGCCAGACCCCUUGACAGGGCCCUGGGAGCAGCUAGGCCAGGGCAUCGUGUCCGUGGCCAGCUUGGUCCUGGAGGAGCAGCUGGCCGGCACGUGGCUCUCAGUCAGCGAGGUGGUCGGCGGCCCCAUGGCCUUGGUGGCAAGUGUCCAGCGCCUGGCACCCGUGCUGAGCACCGUGCUGACCUCCGAGCGGCCGGGACUGCGUAUCCAGCGCCAUGGAGCCGGCCUCUCCAGAGUCACCGUGAUCCACAGCUGGUUCAGCUCCAGUAUCUUCCAGCACACCCUAGGGGAGCCCGGCCUAGAGCCCCAGGCCCCUGACAGCUCAGAAGAGGCGAGCAAGGUGCAGAGGUUUCUAAGCACCCGGCUGGGCUCGGCCAUCAUCUCCUCUGAGGUAUGGGAUGAGACCGGGGAGGUCAGCACAUCCGUGACGUUUCACCUGAAGCACCAGGCCCAGUCUCCACCCUUCUGUUCCCUGCCCUCCCCCAGCCCAGACACAGGGGGCUCAUGGGCCACCGCUGGCUGCUCUGUGGCCGCCCUGUACGAGGCCUCCACCGCCUGCUUCUGCAACCACAGCACCAACUUUGCGGUCCUGCUGCAGGUGUAUGACGUUCAGAGGAGUGCCGAGGAGGAGUCACUGCUGAGGACACUCUCGUUUGUGGGCUGCGGCGUGUCCUUCUGUGCCCUGGCCGCCACGUUCUUGCUCUUCCUGGCAGCCGGGGUUCCCGAGUCAGAGCGAGCCACGGUCCACAAGAACCUUACCUUCUCCCUGGCCUCGGCCGAGGGCUUCCUCAUGGCCAGCGAGUGGGCAAAGGCCAAUAAGGUGGCCUGUGUGGCUGUCACAGCCAUAAUGCACCUCCUCUUUUUGGUGGCAUUCUCCUGGAUGCUGGUGGAGGGCCUCCUGCUCUGGAGCAAGGUGGUGGUCGUGAGAAUGCGCCCGGGCCCCCGGAUGGCGCUCUACUACACCACAGGCUGGGGUGUGCCUGCGGCCAUUGUGGCCAUCACCCUGGCCCUGUCUCCCCAUGACUAUGUGGCGGCCGGGCACUGCUGGCUCAACGUGCACACAGACAUCAUCUGGGCCUUUGUGGGGCCUGUGCUCUUCGUGCUGACUGCCAACACGUGCAUCCUGAUCUGCGUAGUGAUGGUCACUGUGGCCAGCGCCCGCCGCCGUGCCCGCAUGCUGAGCCCACGGCCCUGCCUGCAGGAGCAGGUCAGGAUCCAGACAUGGGCCAUGGUGAAGCCGGUGCUGGUCCUGCUGCCCGUCCUGGGACUGACCUGGCUGGUCGGCAUGCUGGUGCACCUCAGCCCGGCUUGGGCCUACGCCGCCGUGGGCCUCAAUUCCUUCCAGGGGCCGUACAUCUUCCUGGUCUAUGCUGCCUACAACGGGGAGGUCCGGAGCGCCCUGCAGAGGAUGAUGGAGAAAAAGACAACAGAGGCAUUCACGGCCUGCUCCAGCCCCAUGGGCCCAGCAUCCCACCCGAGGUCCCUGGGUCCCUGGGAGGUAGCUCAGGACAGCCCUGCAGCCUUGGCUCCAGCCCGAAGACACUUGGCUCUUAGAGGGACCCACAGCCCCAGAAUCCCCACAACCUUCUCCAUUGCAGAACCUGAGAGGCCGGCUGUGGAGCUGACAGCAUUCAAGGUGUCAGGCCCAGCGCUCUCAGAGCCCCUACCCUGAUGACUCCUGGGCGGAAAGGACUUCCAAACCUGGUGAGAAGCGAGCA